AUGACUUUUAACGUUACUCCACAUUUGGCGGACCUCCAGCUUUCCAGCAGUUAAGCGACAACGCGGCUAUGUGCGGGUCUAGCUCUUUCUAAGGUUUAGGGUUCUUCCAAGAAAGCUAUUGGAUCGCUCUCCAAGCGCCUUCCCUUGCAAAUGAGACAGCGAUCCGGCAGGGAAAUAUCUGAUAUCCGUCGCGAGGAUCGCAAGAGCAGGAAGAAGAGGCGGCGCGGCGUCUUGAUUCUUGGAGUUUCUUGGGUUUGGAAAUGUAUUGUCGAUGCGGCUUGUUGUGCGCGGCGCUGGUGUUAUCGGGGAUUUUUCUCGUGGAUGCCGCCAUGCUGGAGCAGGAUUUGAGCGCGUUGGUCGCGUUUCGCAAUGCCACGGACGCCUCCAAUCUUCUUGGAUGGAGCACGCAGCGGGAUCCUUGUAGCUGGCAAGGGAUUACGUGCAUCAACGCCACGAUCGGGUCUUCCAACGGCAGUGUAAGUGAAAUUCGGGAAAGAGUAUUCAAGAUCAAUCUCCCGGGCGUGGGGAUCUCCGGGGCUGUCCCUGCCGGCGUUCUUGGAUCCCUGGACGAGCUCACGGUUCUCAGUCUGAGGUCGAAUCUUCUCUCCGGGCCACUUCCCGGCGAUCUCAUCAAAUGCAGGAAGCUCCGGAGCUUGGUGCUGCAAAGGAACCGAUUCACGGGCCCGAUUACGUGGGAUUUCCAGUCCUGGCCUCGCUUGGUCCGCGUCGAUCUCUCCUACAACACCCUCAACGGAAGCUUGCCGCAGUCUCUAGAGGGCCUUCCACGCAUCAAGAUUUUUCUCGUCCAGAACAACUCCUUCACAGGUAAAAUUCCGGCAAUCCAGCGCGGCAGCUCCAUCGUGGAUUUCAGCGUCGCCAACAACAGCCUUAGCGGACAAAUCCCACAGACUCUCGCGCAGCUUCCACCACAGGAUUUUUCGGGCAACCUUGAUCUUUGUGGGAGGCCUCUGGGAUUUGUUUGCUCCGCCCCGGUAUCUCCAGAGCCAACUCCAAGCAGGCCGGCAGCGCCAACUCAAACGAAGCCCGGGAGACGACUUAGUCUUGGCGCAAUCCUUGCGCUCGUCAUUGGCGAUGUGGCCUUCCUGGCAGUGCUCACGACACUGUUCAUGCUGUGCUACUGGCACAAGCAGCACAAGCGGGAGAUAUCGGCAGCCUCGGCCCGGAGUCCCAAGCCCAAGGCCGAGGUGAGCAGCUCCGACGAUUUCACGAGGGAGUUCUCGAGCUCGGACAAGAGCGCCGAGGCUCAAGCCGGGCAACUGGUCUUCCUCAAGACGAGUAAGAACAACUUUAGCCUGGAGGAUCUCUUGCGGGCAUCGGCGGAGAUGAUGGGGCAGGGGAGCCUUGGGACGAGCUACAGGGCGGUGCUGGAGGACGGGCAAAUGGUGGCGGUCAAGAGGAUCAAAGGAGUUGAGCUGGGAAGCAAAGAGUUUGAGAAGAGGAUGGCGGUGUUUGGAGAGAUCGAGCAUCAAAAUCUCCACGUCCCAAGAGCCUACUACUUUUCCAAGACGGAGAAGCUCGUGGUGACGGAGUUCAUCCCAAUGGGAAGCUUAGCGGCGCAGCUUCAUGGUGGUGAGACACAACAGUCGAUAUCUCUGGACUGGUCCAUGCGCCUCCGGAUAGCGCUGGGCGCCGCAAGAGGGAUCGCUUGCUUGCACGAGUCGCUGGGUGGCCAAGUAGUGCACGGCGACAUCAAAUCCUCCAACAUUCUCCUCUCGCGCUCUAUGGAAGCCCGGGUGGCGGACUAUGGCAUCGCCCAGAUGCUGGGGCCGGGGUCCGAGUCGGCGUUGGGCCCGGUGGGCUAUCGGGCACCGGAGCUGUCCGCCACCAGGAAGCUCACGCAGCAGUCGGACGUCUACGCGUUUGGGGUGGUGCUGCUGGAGAUUCUCACGGGGAAGGCACCGUGGAGGAGCAAUCACUCGGGCGAGAUGCUGGAUCUCCCGCGAUGGGUCCAGUCGGUUGUCCGGGAGGAGUGGACGGAGGAGGUUUUCGACCAGGGGAUCUUGAGGUUCUCGGAGGAGGAGAUGGUGGAGAUGCUUCAGAUUGCGCUGGUGUGCGUGGCGACGCUGCCAGGGGAUCGACCAAAGAUGAGAAAUGUGGUGAAGAUGAUCGAAGACGUGAGGAACUGGGGGACUGGAGGGGAGGAGUUGUCGUCCGAGGAGCUCAAGAGCAUGGAUCGGCCAUGAAGGAAAGUUUGUAUGGUCUCU